AGUUCACUGCAAUUACAGAUCAGCAAAAGUGAUUUUGGAAUCUUCAUGUCGUGCAGAGGUUGUACCGGCAGCCAAGGUCAUAUCUAUUUAUCCUAAUUUCGGACCUGUAUCUGGUAGCACGAUUUUAAAGAUUAAAAUUGAUCAUAUGUCACCACUUGAUGAUCAACAAAUAGAGACAAUAAAAGUCGCUGGGGUUACAUGUAACAUCACAAGGAUAAGCUCCGUUGUCAAUACGACCACAUUUGAAUGCUUAACGGGGAUAUCCCCGUCCAUUAGGAAUGGCACCAUCGCAAUCUUACAGUAUGGAAACACUACCCUGUCAAAUGCUGCCCCAGGUGUAGAUUUUCGGUACUCAUACUUACCAGAUCCAGAAAUUAAGGACAUCACUAACACUGCAACGCCUGUUAGUGGAGGUAUAGAUACAAACGUCAUCGGUGUCUUUCUCACUUCUGUGGCCGAUCCACAGCUGCUUAUAGCUGUUAGGAUAGGAAACACGAGUAUCUUAGUGCAGCAGAAGUGUAAUGAAGUCAGCUUUGCCUCGAUGGCUUGCCAAGUUCCAAACCUAAACCACGCAGUGAGCAACAUCACCUCCAAAAUUCCAGUACUCGAGAACUUGAAUAUUACUGAGCUACUUGAUAGCUUUGACUUCGAAGUCGGCGUAUUGCUCGAUGGUGUGAAGAAAUAUGAAAACUUAACCAAAGCCUUGCCUAACAACCCCAAAACCAAACUUCAAGUCACCCCAGAUAUUGAGCUUAAGGAAUUGGAAGACUUCUUUUAUGCGAAUAAUUGGCUUAAGAUACUUUCACUUUCAAUUCCGGUGGAAACGCCUUCUCAAGCUGUAAAAGGCUCUGAUAUGAAUGUCAGAGUAGGUGACAGCAGUUGUGAAGUGGUUCAGUUGAACGAGAAUGCUCUUCUCUGUCGUCUUCCCGAGAGAAAACCAGAUUAUGGAACAUUUGGGCCCGGACAAGACCUGUCGUAUUUUGUCCAGGCUCAAGUUGGGGAAAUUGGGCGAAACUAUUCCGUUGGCUAUGUAAAGUACGUCAACAUGGAGCUAUAUACUGGUCUAGGGGGAGGAGGCCUUGUCAUACUUAUUAUUGGCUUUGUGAUAUUGGGAAUAUAUUGCAAACGACGUAAAAAAGCUGUUAAAACUAAACAGAUUCCCGAAUUUGUGGAUUUGAAGGUUUUGACUGACGAUGGGAAAUAUGAAAUAUCAAGGGUAGAGAUUGCACACCUCGACAAGAACCUGUCCGUUAUAUUGGGCAACAAAUUGCUGGAAUACAAAACCAUUAAGAUGAAGGAAAUUCUUGGGCAAGGUCAUUCUGGUAUCGUUUACAAAGCAAUUCUAAAUAAAAAGGAUGUUGCUGUAAAAACGAUUAAAGCAUCGGACUGUACAGAAGAUCAGUUAUCAGAAUUCCUAACGGAGGCUUUAGCAAUGAAGAACUUCGAUCAUCCGAAUGUGCUGAGCUUAGUUGGUGUCGCAAUGAAUGAUACGAUCCCAUUUGCUGUUAUCCCAUUUAUGACUAACGGAGAUUUGAAAUCGUAUAUAGAAAAUCCAAGAAGGAGGUUCACGUUCAAAGAUAUGCUGGAGAUUUGUAAACAAGUUGCUCAAGGUAUGGAAUAUCUCGAGUCAAGACGAUUCGUACAUAGAGAUUUAGCUGCUAGGA